AUGGCUUUCAAAAGCCCCCUAUACUUUCUUCUCUAUGUCAUGAUAUUAUCACUUGCUAUAUUCUGCUCAGCAGAAGAUGAUGAUGACAAAACUUACUCUUCCUCUAAAGCAACUUACUACAAAAAGCGUGAAGGAGAAGGAGCUUGCGGACUGAAAGAAUGGGAGAAAAAAGUUUACGACGGUAAAGUUGGCGCAGUCAGCUAUAGGCUAUACAAGGAUGGAAAAAGCUGUGGUACAUGCUAUGAGGUGAAGUGCAAAGAGAAGAAAUGGUGUAGUGAGAAGGGCACAAAAAUGGCGGUGACCGAUUGCGGCAAAGGCCGCGAAGGAACGGAUUUCACCAUGAGUUACGAAGCCUAUGGAGAUAUGGCCAAAGAUGAAGAGUUCAAAAACGCCUUUUCAAAAAGGCGAGCAAUGUACAAUGAUGACAAAGAUUACAUCGCCAAAGUUAAAAUUAUAGCUGAGGAUGAGAAGGAGAAGGAAAAGGAGAACGAAAAGGAGGAGGAGAAGGAGAAGGAGAAGGAAAAGGAGAACGAAAAGGAGAAGGAGAAGGAUAAGAAGAAGGAAAAGGAGAACGAAAAGGAGAAGGAGAACGAAAAGGAGAAGGAGAAGGAUAAGAAGAAGGAAAAGGAGAACGAAAAGGAGAAGGAGAAGGAGAAGGAUAAGAAGAAGGAAAAGGAGAAGGAGAAGGAUAAGGAGAAGGAAAAGGAGAACGAAAAGGAGAAGGAGAAGGAGAAGGAGAAGAAGUGGGUGUUUAAGGAAAUGAGAAGAGCAUAUGGAGCAGUUUGGGACAUUGCUACUUAUAAGCCAAAGUCAUUUGUGGAGAUCGAGACAGAGAAGGGAAAGAAAUAUUAUGAGCGGGUUAAAUACAUGGACAAAGAUGAGAAAGAUGAGAAAGAUGAUAAGGGUGAAAAAGAUGAUAAAGAUGACAAGAAUAAAAAAGAUGGAGCAGCUGAUGAUGAUCGUGAUCAUGGGAAAUCUUCAGCUAAAGCAGCCACCGAAAAGCUCAUCAACUAA